AUGACACCUCUCACCUCGCCACCACAUUUUCUUCAAGCACCUAGACACCACUACAACAGGCACCACGACACCACAACACCCGGCACCCCACACCACUACAACAGGCACCCCACACCACUACAACAGGCACCGCGACACCACUACAACAGGCACCCCACACCACUACAACAGGCACCACGACACCACAACACCCGGCACCCCGCACCACUACAACAGGCACCACGACACCACUACAACAGGCACCACGACACCACAACAACCGGCACCCCACACCACUACAACAGGCACCCCACACCACUACAACAGGCACCGCGACACCACUACAACAGGCACCACGACACCACUACAACAGGCACCACGACACCACAACACCCGGCACCCCUUACCACUACAACAGGCACCACGACACCACUACAACAGGCACCACGACACCACAACACCCGGCACCCCACACCACUACAACAGGCACCACGACACCACUACAACAGGCACCCCACACCACUACAACAGGCACCCCACACAACUACAACAGGCACCACGACACCACAACACCCGGCAGCCCACACCACUACAACAGGCACCCCACACAACUACAACAGGCACCACGACACCACAACACCCGGCACCCCACACCACUACAACAGGCACCACGACACCACUACAACAGGCAGCCCACACCACUACAACAGGCACCACGACACCACAACACCCGGCACCCCACACCACUACAACAGGCACCCCACACCACUACAACAGGCACCACGACACCACAACACCCGGCACCCCACACCACUACAACAGGCACCCCACACAACUACAACAGGCACCACGACACCACAACACCCGGCACCCCACACCACUACAACAGGCACCACGACACCACUACAACAGGCAGCCCACACCACUACAACAGGCACCACGACACCACAACACCCGGCACCCCACACCACUACAACAGGCACCCCACACCACUACAACAGGCACCCCACACCACAACACCCGGCACCCCACACCACUACAACAGGCACCCCACACAACUACAACAGGCGCCACGACACCACAACACCCGGCACCCCACACCACUACAACAGGCACCACGACACCACUACAACAGGCACCCCACACCACUACAACAGGCACCACGACACCACUACAACAGGCACCCCACACCACUACAACAGGCACCACGACACCACAACACCCGGCAGCCCACACCACUACAACAGGCACCCCACACCACUACAACAGGCACCACGACACCAAAACACCCGGCACCCCACACCACUACAACAGGCACCACGACACCACUACAACAGGCACCACGACACCACUACAACAGGCACCACGACACCACUACAACAGGCACCACGACACCACAACACCCGGCACCCCACACCACUACAACAGGCACCCCACACCACUACAACAGGCACCACGACACCAAAACACCCGGCACCCCACACCACUACAACAGGCACCACGACACCACAACACCCGGCACCCCACACCACUACAACAGGCAUCCCACUACACUACAACAGGCACCACGACACAACAACACCCGGCACCCCACACCACUACAACAGGCACCACGACACCACAACACUCGGCACCCCACACCACUACAACAGGCACCCCACACAACUACAACAGGCACCACGACACCACAACACCCGGCAGCCCACACCACUACAACAGGCAGCCCACACCACUACAACAGGCACCCCACACCACUACAACAGGCACCACGACACCACAACACCCGGCAGCCCACACCACUACAACAGGCACCACGACACACUAACACCCGGCACCCCACACCACUACAACAGGCACCACGACACCUCUCACCUGGCAACCACGACACCUCGCCACCAUGACACCUCGCCACCAUGA